AUGGCUCAAGUACAUAUGGCUCAUCAGCUCCUGGAACGGGCACAUCCAUCAGAAACUGCAGAGCAGCUCUUUGCGGACAAGGUCAAACAUCGGCCUCUCUUCUUGCGCCCAACGUCUCCCACUCCAUCUGAUAAUCGAUCACGGCGUCGAAUGCAGCGUAUACGAAAGAAGGAAUACUUCCUACGCAAGCAGAAGCCAAAGCCUCUCUCCGCACGUGAGAAGAGAGUUCUUGGAGUCCACAAGCUACCCAAGGAAGAGAUGAAAUAUGAUAUCUUCAAGGGCUUGAAUCAGCUGUGGAUUGAGUAUAUGUGGCAGGUCCUCGAUCUAGCUCCACGGCCGGAUUCAAAUCCAAUAGGAAAAGCAGCGGCUCAGGGUGUUGAGAAAAGCAGUCGAAUAACCGCUGCAAGCCACGGAAGCAAACUGGCCAGCGCAGAUUUUCAUGGUGCGGAUAUCCAGGUUGUACGCAGCCGGUGUGUGAGCCGUGUCGGCUUAAAGGGGAUUGUCGUCAGAGACACGAGGUUUGCCUUUGUACUGAUUACGACGGAAAAUGACGUGAAAACGGUUCCAAAGGAACAUACAAUAUUUAGAUUUGAGAUACCUCGUCCGUCUGGCCCUGGACUAGAGGCUAGAACGGACCUCGAGGCGAAGAAUCUUGUAUUCGAGAUACAUGGGAAUCAGUUCGAAAGUCGUGCUCCAGAAAGGGCCAACAAGAAGUUCAAAUGGAAGAAUCUGGACUAUCUUUAA